AUGACGAGGAUGGUUUCGGAGCGUGACAUCGAGUGUAUAUGCUGUACAGCGCUGGCCAAUAUUAGGUCGAAGCGAGCACCCGGUGCGCAGCUAGAACCAGAAGUCGGAAGUGGGGAAGCCACCGGAUGUGAAUCGAUGAUCCGUUUGAAGAGAAUCCUCGCCAUCAGUGCAGCUAGCGGCUACUCCGGCGGAUACUUCGGUAACGUGGGCGGGUACGGGAGCAUCGGGCACGGCGUCGGCUACCCUACUCACGGAGGUUACGGCAGCUACGACGGACACGGCUAUGUUCGCGGCCGUCGCGGUGGUUACGGCGGCCAUGGUGGCUACGGCGGCCAUGGCGGCUACGGUGGCGCCGGCCGCUACGGUGGUCGCGGUGGCUACGGCGGCUCUGGUGGCUACGGUGGCCAUGGUGGCUACGGUGGAGCCGGCCGCUACGGUGGUCAUGGUGGCUACGGUGGCGCCGCUGGUUUCGGUGGCGGCCGUGGCUAUGGUGGUUACGGCGGCCACGGCGGUCGCCAAGGAUACGGUGGGAUCUACGGGUAUCUACCCUACGCGCCAACGACAAGCUAUGGGUACGGUUACGAGACCUACCCGAAGCACGACUCCAUCUUCAAUCCAUUCAUCAUCGAAAGGCAGGCGACCUACAUCGCGAAGGCCAAAUAUCAUUAG